AUGUCUCCCAAGCUGAAGCCGCUGUUAUUGCCCCAGCUUGUCGAGGAGCGCAAGAAGAUGGAGGUUCAGUCUUAUGACGCCGAAACCGAUCGUCACUUUGCUUACUACACCCACAAUUCGUCCUCCUCGGACGUCACCUCCCCCCUCACGCCAACCUUCUCGGCCCGCGGUCAUAUGCGAUACUCGAGCUCAACCUCCUCUCUCGAGCUUCCCCCAAUGUUGUGCGCCGACAGCCCCGUCUCGCCAACCUUGUCCUCGGCCGCCUCGACCUCGGGGCCUCCGUCUCACAAGGCCGCCAAACGCCAGCUCCCAGACGUGCAAGAAGAGCCAAUGGAGCGCGAGGACGAAGACACAAUCGUGUCCGACCAGUUCGACCUGUAUAACUGCUUGUGUGAUGAGCCUUGUGUUCACAAUGACAGCACAGACAUGAUCAUGAGCGCAUACCCGUCAGAGUACGAUGAACUCGACUACGACUACGCCUUUAUGAGCGAUUCAGACUACCAGAGAGUUCCCAGGAAGCAGCAGAGGGGUGAUUUGUCGGGCCUGGCCUCCCGCUUCGGGACCAGGUUCCCCAGUCUGUCUCGCUGGGCAUCAACGAGGCGCUCGCAGCCUACCACAACCACAGCGUCACCCACAACUGAGACUGGGUUCGAGAACGUCUUCAGCACCCUCUCUCGGCGAGAUUCGAGCCGUUCUUCGUCUCUGUCCACCCCUUCGCGUCACAUGUCAAACGGAGGGAACGACCCGACAUUCCCACCCACCCCUGCUCGCUCUUUCUGGGACAGCAGCGAGAGCGUUGCUCUUUCGGCCAUCGAUGUCGAAAAGGCCAACAACAGGCGCCCCAGCAUUGAGCGGGAGCGUGCCCUGGCUACCACGCCACUGCUGCCGCCUCUGCUCACUGCCUUCCCUAUCGAACACCCCCAGCAAUCGCCGCUGCAGUCCCCCUCUGUGGCGCCGUCUCGCGCAACAUCGCGCGCACCGUCUCGGGCUCCGUCUGUCGUGGGCACUGACAUGCCCUCGCCGUUGCCCUACUCUCACGCACCCACUCCCAGCUUGAGCGCCAAGCCCUCUUACUCGUCUUUCCGACCCUCGCAGGAUCAACCAACGCAGUCACACCCCAGCGCCAUACCUGGCUUUGUUCAAGACCACGAUGAUUGGUCUGAUCGCCUGGGCCACGCAAACUUUACCAUCACGCCUCAACCAUACCGCCCUGAGGACGCUUCACAGGAAACCCUGCAUCGCCUCCGUGCUGAUUGGGACGCCGCACGCGUCAAUUACACGAAGCACAUUGUUCGCACAGGCGAAAACUAUGGCCAGACUUCCAAAAUCUACGCUCUUACCGAGGCCAAAUGGGCCGAGAUUGAUCGUGAAUGGCGCGAUGCCCACGAACGCACUCUGCGACAGGUGCCUUCCAAGACUGAGGAUCCGCUUCCUAACUUUGUCUCCGUUCGAAACGCCACUCAGAGCUCCUCUCGAAGCAGAAGCAGGGGUCGUGGCCGUGGGCGCGCCGGCAGCGCGCAUGCCGCCCCGGCCCCUAUGGCCAUGAUUCCCCGUCUUGCUGAUGCCGAGGGCAAGUUCCCCUCGCGCGGCGACGAGGACAUUGUCGGCCCCAUGGUCCGUGAUGCUACAUGGUACGCGGCCGUGAGCGAGGACUGCAAGGGUCGUUUCUGGCGACAGCUCGCUGACAGAGUGGGCCUGCGGCGUUGA